GUUUUUUCGUUGAUUUGGCGGCAAUUGUGUCUUUGACUCAGAGCGAGAGAGAGGGAGGGAGAUGGGAAAGAGACGGUUCGCGCAGGUUGCUACGAGCGACGAGGAGGACGAAGCCAACCCAGCGUCGACCGUCACACGACGGUCCCCGCAGCCCGCAUCUGCUUCCUCCUCAAAGAAGAAGAAACCAGGGAAAGUGGAGGAGGCAGCGGGAGAGCCCGAAAUCCAGGAGGAAGAGGAAACCCCCGUCGACCUCAAGCCCGUAGGCGACCCUGUUAAGGUAUCCGGAAAGGGCCGAGACAGGAAGACGCACUACUCCGCGUUCGAGUUGGAGGGAAACGUCUUCCAGAUCGAGGAUCCAGUGCUUUUGACUCCUGAAGCAGCAAAUGAGAAGCCUUAUGUUGCAAUAAUUAAGGACAUUACACAGGCCAAAGAUGGGAGUAUGGCUGUAUUAGGGCAAUGGUUUUAUCGCCCUGAAGAAGCAGAUAAAAAAGGUGGAGGAAGCUGGCAAGCAUGUGAUACGAGGGAACUAUUCUAUAGUUUCCAUCGUGAUGAGGUGCCUGCUGAAGCUGUUAUGCACAAAUGUGUGGUGCAUUUUAUUCCAUUAGGCAAGCAGCUGCCAGUUCGAUCGGUGCAUCCAGGUUUUAUUGUGCAAAAAGUGUAUGAUACAGUUGAGAAAAAACUGUGGAAGCUUACUGACAAGGACUAUGAGGACAGUAAACAGCAUGAAAUUGACCUUCUUGUUCAGAAAACUCGUGAAAGGUUGGGAGAGCUUCCAGAUUUGGAAGUUGAAGAAGGUUCAGUUGACCAGGAUGAUCAUACGACAGCCAGGAGAAAUCUCCGGAGGAAACAAAUGCCUUCCAUCAGCGUCGCUCGGGAUGACGAUGCAGCCAGGUCUGAUCAGUUUACCAAGAUAGAAACUCCAGGAAGCUGUACUAAUGAAGCUUCUGAGUAUUAUAUAAUUUUGUCAAACUUCAAGGCACUUACUGGAGAUAGCUAUCGUGAUAAGUCACUAGAGAAGCUCCUUCAAGCAAUAUAUUCUGUACGUGACACAAUUGAACAAAUAGACAAUCCAGCAAAAGUUGGGGCUGUUUCUAAUCAGAAUGUUGGUGUGUCAGCUAAGACUGCUGAUUCAUCAAAUGGGUCUCAAGAGAGGAAUCAAAAGGGUGAGGAGACCGUCCGUUGGCCAGACGCUGCUGUGUCUGCUGUUACUGCUCUUGAGAAGGCCUCACAUGAGGGGCUGGGUUCAGAUCUUCAAAAGUAUAACCAGAAGAUGCGGCAGUUAGUUUUUAAUUUUAAGAACAAUGCUCUGUUGGCAAGGCGAUUGCUAGACAAAGAAUUGGAGCCUUCUGUCAUAUUGAACAUGUCUCCUUCUGAACUGAAGGAGGGAAUAACUGCAGAAGAGAAAUCUGCUAAGGAGCCUCAAGAAUUGGAAGAGCCAGUCCAGAUGACAGAUGUACGAUGCAAGAGAUGCAUGGAGAAAAAAGUCAGAGUUUCUGACAUUAUUACAGUUGGCCAUGGCGACAGAUAUCAGCUGGAAUGCCUGCAAUGCGGUAACACAUGGUAUACUACUCGUGAUGCCAUUUCUACCUUGACACAAGAGACACCAAACCUUGCUGUUUCUGUUGGCACAGCACCAUGGGCAACAGCCAAGUUCGAAGAUGUUGAGAAGAAGUUGGUAAGCCCUCGUGAAAGUGAGAAACCAUCUCCAGAUAUCUUCCAGAAAAGUAAAUCCGCUGUGCUUGAAACUCAGAAAUCUAUGAAUAGCAGGCCAAGGGCUGGUGACUCUUCAGGGUUGCCUGGUAAAGCGUAGAUCUUCUUUUUUGCAAGUAUUUGCAUUAGUUGAGCCCCUUGUACAUAUCAGUUUUGUGUAUAUGUUCAAUUUGCUACGCCUGGAGAAGGCAAUUAAGUUCUUGUUACUAGGGAGACAAAAUAGUACACUGAAAUAUGGUAGACCAUCGGUUUAGUCUCUAGCUUCUAUAGUGGCAGAGGUCAGAUGUCUGGUCUGUGUGUAUAUCCUUACUGAUGGUUGUCGGCCAGUAACCGUCCAGUCUAGCAAUGCGAAAACAACCAUCAGAUGGACGGAGUUCUUUUUUUCUUUCCCCUGUCUAGGGGUUGGACAUAAGACCACAAAAUGGAAGGAAAUUGAGGGUUCAAUAAUCAA